CGAUACCUUUCUUGCGAAACAGAUGUUCUGGAGUGAAGUGACGCCAGAGUUAAUGUGAAUGAAGGGUGCGGGUAUAAACUAUGCGGGUCGCAUAGUUGGACACUUGGAAUGUCAAGAAAUUAGCAGACGACAGUCGCUCGCAAGUCAAUCUUCUGGAACAAAUAAUUAGAUUUCAGAGUUCGCAUUAAGAUCCCUUGGGGUGCCCCCUGUGUGAGCUCUACGGGGUGCGCCCGCCCACCAAUGUGCUAUGCAACGAUAACACCGGUACUCGUCUACAGAGGAAGUAUACGCCCCCUUUGCGCUUCCUCACUUUCGAAGGGUCAUUUAACCAAGUGUUUACAGUUUAGCGCUUAGCUCCAUGUUUCAUUCUCCACACGCAUUCUGCACGCGUGUGCAGUUUAGCGGUCGUGCGCUGUGCCUUACCAGGUAGCGUGCUGCGUUACUAUACGUGUACACGUCGCAGACGAAGGGGAGGGGUAUUUUAUGCAAGAUCAGGUUCCCCCUGAACAACGUUUGGUGCAACAUCAGCGUGAUAGCAACCUCGUAACGACAUUGAGUCACAACAGAUAAUGAGCUGAGGCAACUGAUCGUGUAGUGAACGAUAUCAUUCAGUAAUGCAGGACGCAUCCCAAGCAAGUGUCGCGAAGAUGUCAACUGUUGAUACCGAAGAAUCGACAGUCACGGAUGACGCGAUACCCCGCAUAGUUGUAACAAUGAAUACGAAAGCAACACCCCAGACAGAAAGCUUGGCAACGAAGUACAACGAUCUCAAAAGGACUGCAACAGAAUACAGAAAUGAGAACACUGCUCUCAAAGCCAAAAUACAAGAACAAGAUAUCUUGCUCCAGCAGCUACAAAAUGCAUCCAAAGCAGUGUGCGAAGAAUAUGGCAACCUGCAAACGCGGUACAACGUCGAAUCGAAGGCCACGUCGGAGAUUCUCAAGAAGGCCACUCAGUGGUACGUGGAAAACCAGGAUCUAAAGCGAAGAUCACAAGCACUGAUGCAGAAAGUUGCACCACACGGAACCGUAGACAUCCAAAUCACAGACGAAGUCCCGCAGGCAGGCGACACCUGCAGGGAUGUCAAAGAUGGUGAAGUAGAGCAAUGGAAGCAGAUAGUGGCUGGUUUUAAGGACGAGAUAGUGCACCUGAACAAGGAGUUGCAAAGAUCAGAGGACAGAAAUAGUGCCCUCAUAAAAUCAAACGAUCAGAUGACAACUGAGCUUGAGCUGGAACGGGCAGCACACAAGAGAGCACUCAGUAAAAUAGAGGAGUACGAGAGUCAGUACUCGAGGCUGAAUCGCGUGUCAGUUUUGGCAGCCAAAGAAUUUUUUGAGCUGCAGAAGAAGUUGGGAGAUGAGUCGGAAAAAACUCGUACUGUUCAAGUACUGGCAGCAAAGCUGAAAAGUGAAAGGAACGCAGCCGUACGUCAGAGUGUUGUCUUGAUGAGCCGAGCCACAUCCGAAAAGAGGCUAGAAGCGGCUCUCAAUGAGAUACAAGAACUGGAGCGCAGUUUGGAGACACAGAGAAUGGAGCACACAAAAAGGGUUGAGGAACUCGAAGAAAAAUUGCAGUUGGCUGAGUCUGGGCAAACCACCAUGCAGCAGCUCAGCCAGUGCCUUGAAGAAGCAGAUCAGAAGCUUCUUGAAGCAAGCAAGACAAACAGCACGCUCGAAGCGAGGGUGAAAGACCUGGAGGCACAACUGGAGAGAAUGCGGACAGAGAAGGAGCUUCCGAGCUAUGUUCCGCCGCCCCCACCCCCGCCGCCCCCACCCCCACCCCCACCGACAUUCAACCCUCUUAGGUCUCUGAUGUCACUAAUCACAUCUGCCAGAAAGAUCAGUGCACGCAGUCCGCCAACAGAAAAAGAGCUUCAAAUGAAAGUCAUGGAAGAAAUGAUUGACGAAAUCAAGAAAGGCGUUCACCUGCGACCCACUAGGCAUGUAGCAGAAAAAGAAGACCACAAAGUAGAGGAACCUGCAGUGAAUGAAGUUCUUCACAUUCUUAAUAGUAUCAAGCGCAAAAAAGACCAAUCCAAGGAACUCGACUGUGCAAGCACGACGACGAGCACUUCUGACAUCGCUACCAGCAGCAGCGCCGAUGAUGAGCUGCAGACCGUAUUUCUACGUAGGAAACUAAGGACGAAGCUGUCAGACGAACCUGCUGGUGACAAACUACCGGAAGAGAGCCCACCAGGCGGAUCCGCGGAGGGGGACAGCGACGUGGAGCUUCGAUCACACAGCAGUUGAAGAAAUUGCUUCCAUGUUAUGCAAGCAAUGAAGUGAAGGAUUGUGCUUGCUUGGCCGAUGGAAGCCCAGCACAAUAUGGAAUGGAAUAUCCAUGAAUGGAAAUUCCGGUUUAACAACGUGGAAUCAGUGUUUGCGUUCACUGAUUUCGUGUUAUUUGGUUUGUCACUCACACUUCACACAUCCAUUCAUCACAUCAAUGGAACAUUCCAGAGAAAGUCCUGUUUCAGCAGGGAUCCUUCUCAGCAUCCUCCUCGAAAUACCGGCCAAUAUGGGCGUCGCAUAACCCUUAUGCAUUUGAAUUCCAACACUCUAAGGAUGCAAAUCUUACACAAGGCUCUGUGUUUCAGCAUCAUCGAUGAAAGAGUCAUCCGCAUCUGAAGCGGAUAAACUGGUGGCGGACAAUAGCAAGCCUCUACCGGAGGCAUGCAGGAGCUCAUACUAAAAAGAAAUCUAAACAGAAUUCCCAAAUGAGAAAGAGAUUCCUUACAAAAAGGCAGUUCCCAAAAAUGAAAUUUGAUGUUGAAGAGAAGCACAACGUUCAACAUGGUCAGGGAAUAUCGCAGGUUGGAACACUCUGCAACUAAAUGUUCAUAAAACUGACCAUCGACAGCCAAGAAACUGAAAGUGCCAUCUAAAAAAAAAAACAGUCACAUGUGUACGUGUUAAAAUUGCAGCUCUCCCCUGCCCUCAUGGACCUUCUCAUAUUCAAUGUUUUCACCCGAAGGAACGCAGCCUUCUGCACGAAAGUCUCGUUUCAUUAAAGGUGCUCUCAACCGUCCAUUGCCCUCCGCAUUCCGAAGAAGAUGUGACACGAGUCUGCCGUGCUAGUAGGGUUGCAAUCCCCAAAGCGGCGAAAGCACCAGCAUUUGGGUACUGCUGUUUGUGGGUGCUUCAAAAUGGCAUGUGUAACAUCACAAUGCCAGCAAACAUCCCAUUUCUUUAGUUAGUUUUUAGUAUUUUAGUCAGUUAUUCUAGUAUGUACAUAUAUGGUGCACGUACAUCUGCAGCCAAGCCCCUACAUCACCCCUGGAAUAAGCCCUACCCUUUCUACCGAGUUGCCAUGACACGACAAAUGAUGAUAUAUACCUAUUUCAAAAAUGAAAUAUUGGAAGUGUAAACCAUAAAAAAUUAAAAAUGCAUUAUUUGGCCACUGAUAGGCUGCAGAUGGCAUCUACAUAUCAGGGCUACUUGUUUUGCCUUUCUGUUAUCAAUUGCAUUAUUAAAGAUUUCGUACGUCAUAAACAA